CAGACGGUGGACAUGACGGUGGACGAGUUCAUUUUCACUUUCCAGACAGAAGGGGGAGAAUUGUCAACUUUUUAUGGGUCUCGUUAGUUUUUUAGAUCCAGUUAAGCUGUCUAGGCCGCCGCAUUCGGCUCCGCGUCGUCGUCUCUUUGGCGUGUGUGUGUAUCAUUCUCAUUCAGCUUUCGGGCCGAACGGUGCGCCGAUUCCCGUUUAAUGCUGAACGAGGCUCACGCAAGCGAAAUUCUCAGUCGUGAUCUCGGGCUCGAGGCCCAGACAGUGGACGGCCUUGCUGCUGUGUCUGCCGCCGCUGUGUAAUGUUGCCGCCCGUUCGGAUGGUCAUUAUCUGUAAACACACCGGAUUAGCAAGCUGCUGACAAUGGCCGUUUUCCUCUGAAUAUCCGAGUCAUGGCAACAAUGGUCACCACCACCGUGUUUCUCCUGGCCCUGAUCAUCGCCAAAGCUGCUCCUGGCCAUGCUAAGCCCCGACAGUGUGCAUACUCUGUAAUCUCGAAUGGGUUCACUGACAUGUCCACAAUUGCUGAGGAGGUAGCAAACAACAACACGGUCAUUUGUGCUGAUGAGCAUGAACACUGCUUCACAGUUUGGACUGAAAAUGACUUUAAUCAAACCAUCUUGAAACAGGGUUGUUGGAAAACGUCAGGACAUGAAUGCGAGACAACCGACUGUACUGCCUACAACAGUGCUCUAAAUCUGUUCUGCUGCUGCAGUGGGGACUUCUGCAAUGUGAAUGUAACCAGUGUCUACGUUCCAUAUCCAACUAAAACCUCACGUUCUCGGGGUCCCCCUGUUCCCAGCGUAGAGGACCUGGAUGUGCGACGGAAUGAAAUGGUUAUUUACGCAGCUAUUGGUUUAGGAUUGAUAGUUGUUGUGAUAUUGGGCUUGGUAUACCUUAUCCACGUUAUUCGUAAGAAGACGGGAUUGUCUGGUUUGCCUGAUGACCCAAGCGCCAUGGAGAAUGGCAGCGAAACUUCUUCGUUUAUUGGGUAUAGUGCUGAACAUUUAAAACUGAUUGAAGUGAUUGGUCAAGGACGGUACGGAUCUGUUUGGCACGCUACUCUGAGGGAGAGAGAAGUUGCCGUGAAAAUAUUUCCAAACCACUAUCGCAACUUUUUCAUCAACGAAAGAGACAUUUAUUCUUUACCUUUCAUGGAUCACCCUGCACUUCUCACAUAUUUUGGCUGUGAUGAGAGACCAGGCCCUGAAGGAGGCACGGAACUGAUACUUGUGUUAUCAUACGCCCCCCUUGGUUGCCUGCAAGACUAUUUGCGCAAAUCCACUGUUGAUUGGUCAACUUUCUGCCGAAUGAGUUCUGCGAUUGCCAGCGGCUUAGCACAUUUGCACACUGAGUUCAGCAAAUCUGAGAAAGGGAGAAGCAAACCUUGUGUGAGUCACAGAGAUCUCAAUACACGGAACAUUCUUGUCAAGCCGGACUUGAGUUGUUGUAUCUGUGAUUUGGGUCUGGCAAUGAAAAUUUGUAGCUCCGCUGGAGGAAAUGAAAAAACUGGAACCAAGUCACUCAAUGAUGUUGGAACUCUGAGGUACAUGGCUCCAGAAGUUCUUGAAGGAGCGGUGAAUUUGCGUGACUGUGAAAGCUCCCUGAAGCAAAUUGAUGUUUACGCACUUGGACUUGUCCUUUGGGAACUAGGUUCAAGGUGUUCUGAUCUGUACUUGACAGGGGUAGAAACGCCACAAUACAAACUUCCCUUUGAGUUGGAGAUUGGUUUGAGACCCUCGUUUGAAGACAUGCAAGUUUUGGUGUCGAGGAGGAAAUCAAGACCACUACUUCCUGACAAAUGGCGGGAAAAUCAGUGCGUGCAUCUCCUGCGUGAGACUAUUGAGGACUGUUGGGACCAGGAUGCUGAGGCAAGACUCACAGCCCUAUGCGUCGAAGAAAGGCUCAAAGAAUUGCCAAUCAUCUGGGAGCGACUUAAAGGUGGCAAUCUGCUUCACACUGGGGUCAGCCCUACCGUAAAUCUACCAACACAAACAGCUACAAUCAAUAAUAAUAACAACAACAACUUCAACUUGGAAAAUAAUAAUAGUAACCAUAUUCUGCUUGAUAACAGAUUGAAUCUCACAUGUACAGAUAUAGAAGAAAUGCGCCACGCUAGGAGAAAUACAUUGGAAAAGGAUGUGCCUGGUUCGACUGGUUCAGAAGGAACAGUUGAGACUAUUGUCACUUUGUCACCCUCGGAUCCACCACCAGUGCUCCCUGACCCAACUUGCAAAAAUGCUCUGAUGGCCAACAUACAAACUGUGCGAGCAUCUGCUCUUCAGCCGUACCAGGGCCGCAAUCCAUGUCUUGAACGCAAUUUAAUGGUGAUGGAGCCAGCUCCUCAGCUGCUUCAGAACGGCAUAAAAGUGACAGAUUUGGACUCAACCGCGGCUGACGAUUCGGCCAAUGAGUCGCACGCUCUCUUAUCGCACGACUCUCUUCAGCAACAAACCCCAGUUGCCGCAGUUCGCCCCGCAACUCCAAUUCCUUAUUUGCAGAACGCCGUGUUUGAAACGGGCAGUGGGGGCGAGAGAGGCUGCCCAAAACAGCCAAAUGUGCCUAUAACUGGACGGAGUACAGCACCUUCCCCUUGGAGCAGGCUCUUCAGUGGGGGGCUGCGUGGCAGACUGUUCUCAUCAGGCCCAGCCGAGAUUGCACGCAAGCAGCAAAAUAGUCUGAAAGGCGGCCCACUGCUGCUGAGGGACCUGCCAGCUGGUCCAAACACCGUGGAAGAAAAGACAUCGAAUCUGUCCAAGGUGGCCACCAGAGUGAGUCUGCAGCAAGGAACCACUGUAUGCUGCAAGGAUGGUAGCCCCUCGCCCCCGAGACCAUCAUCCUUGAACCUCAGCUCAGCUUCCAAUUGGCUUGUGCCACCGAGCGCUUACAUCAAGACCCCGAAGCCCGCUGUGGAAAACCCCGGCCGCUUCUCGCUGUAUGAGAACAAUUUGAGUGGAACGAGCAGCGCCGAGAGGGCCACGUCAGUGCCGGAUCUGAACUGCUAGGAACAAGGUGUUACAAAAGCGUAAUCUCAUGUGAUGAGGGAUGUGUGGGCCGAGAGUUUUGUAGCGUUCACCACUUCAGAUUGCAUUUCAUAAUUGCAAAUAUACACAAAGAGCUGUUCUUUGCUUGCUCAAAUGUUUGUGACAGCAAAACAGCCAAGUUAUCUGGGAUUUUCGGGCGAUUCUAAAGUGAAUAAGAUAAACUUAUGAUGAUCGACACUUGAAUGGUUAAUUGGUAAUCCUCUUUACUUCAUUGUUAGUCUUGCACUGUCUACUCUUGAGAUUUCAAUCAUGCGGUUAUUUCGUUCAGAUCGAGGUUUGGUUCUCUGUAACAGGAGAUACCCAAAGUCAAUAAGCAGCUAGCAAUAAUGGAUAGCAAGCGGACUUUCCCAGAUAACAGAAGUCUUUGUUGUUCUUAAACUUGAGACAUUACAAAAAGUACAGAAUAGAGAACAAUGGCCAACUGUGAUAGGGAGCGAGAUGAUUACAAAAAUCGACCGGUUUGACUAAGUCGUGAACAAUGUGGACAUCCGUGUAUAAAUGAAUUGCACAUUCAGGCAAUCCGUUAAUUGAAACGCUCUUACCAAAUUUAUUAUUUACCACACGCCUCGUACAGCAUGAUUGUGCAAAUUUUGCGAUCUGAUGAACGUACCGUUUUUUU